GUUCUAUGAUAGAAAUAGUAUUUGAAUUAAACACUGUACUCAAAGUACAUUAAGUAUUUUUGCCCAUUUCUACUUCGUAGUAUAUUUAUAAAUUGGUUUUUAAGGUUGUAAGUAUGCAAAAUUUAAUUAAUUUUAUUAUUAUCAUUUUAGAGAAAUCCAAAAAUGGAACUCUGCAAAUCCGAUCUCCUUAAAUUAUUGAGCUGUCUUGAAGGGGAACUACAAGCAAGAGAUAUAGUUAUUGCAACCUUGAAGUGUGAAAAAAUGAAGUACAUGUUAAGUCAGGGUCAGUACAAGUCAUCUUGUCUCUCAGAUCCUAUUUCCGCUUUGCAUAGAGAUGGUUUUGCUGCACCCAGUCGUUCUAUUGAUCAAGCAGAUUUGGUUUCUAUUGAUCAACAGAAAACAUACUUAGAAAACUUAUCAUUUCAACUUAGAAAAUCACAAAUUAGAAUGGCUAAAAUACUAAAAGAUGCUGAAUUACGACAUUGUAAGGUUAUCGAAGAAUUGAUUAUGGAAAAAAGAAAACAUGAACAUGAUACAGCUCAAGGAGAUGACAUUACAUAUGGCUUAGAGAAAGAACGUUCACGUUUAAAGCAAGACUUAGAAGUAGAACGUCAAGCUAAAAAACGUCUUGAAAAAGACUUGAAGAAAAUUUCUGAUGUUUCUGAUGAAGAUAAAAACAGACAAAAACAAAUAGUUUUACUCCUUCUAGCUGAACGGAAAAAAAUUAUAAUGAAAUAUAUUGAAGAAAGGAAACGUUCUGAAGACUUAGCUCAGAUCUUGAGCGAAGAAAAGAGUAGAAUUGAUUCAAUGGCAGAAGGUUUGGAAGAAGAAAGUAAAAAAUCUCUUCAAAUGGAAGCUGAGCUUGAAAAACAAAUUGCUCAAUUUGAUACUGAAAGUCAAAUUUUGAAAGCCAAUCUCCAAAGAGAAGAAAAAAGAGUUAAAGAACUAGAAGCAGAAUUGGAAAAAUCUCGUAAUGAAACAGCUAUUUUAGAGAAACAGUUGGCUGAAUAUCAUCAAAUGAUUAUGCAUGGAAAUGUGACAAAUUUUCAUAACCGUCCACCAUUCCAUCAUGCUUCAAGGCAUCCUGUUGCAGGGUGGGAAGGAAUGGUGCCUGCUGUGUCCCCAGCUCAUCAGAGUAAUUCAGCAAUGGGAAGUAGCGUUGCAAAAGUAAUACAGCCAACUGCAACAGUUUCUAGUGUCCCAGUGUCUGGUCCAACAACUGGUGUUGCAAGAAGUAUCUCUCCAGGACAUGGUAUUCGGAGUAUUGGUUAUUGCUCUCAAGUGCAGUCAUCGAUCCCUGCAAAGAUUGAGAAAAGGGUUACUACUAGCAGUAUUGUGACAGCUAAUAGUAAGACAACAGUUCCUUCUUCUCAUCAGCGUCCAUUGCCCAAUGUUGGCCCUUCAAAUGGUACUGAAAAAAAACAACCAGUUCCAAGAGGAGUUCCUCCUCCUGUUCCACCUAAUAAACCUGUAGUACCUCCAAAAAAAGACUCAGUUCUAAUACGUCGAGGAGACAAUACAAAUUUAGAUACUUCAAAAUUUAAAGAAAUAAAGCAAAAUAUUUUAAGUGAAAAUCAAGAAGUUCCAAUAGAUGACCAUUCUGAAACAUACCAAAAUAUUAGUUCUUCUUCACAAUCUGGUGUAGUUUGA